UCGUUUGUUUUUUACAGUACACCAGCGUCGGUCCGGCUCUCGCUCUUCCAUACCAACAUUAAUAUUUCUAACAAAUUAUUAUAUUUGUUCUCUCGAUCUAAAACUUGCGCUGGUUGGUGCAUGGUUAUCUUCUCCGUUCUUGCAGCAGCGCAGAUUCCUUACCACACGACGUGUAGUCCACCACGGGCGGCGGCAGCGACGUUAUGGGUAAUAAGGCGAUGACUUUCACCGAAUCGCAGCUCGAAGACUACCAGGACUGCACAUUUUUUACCAGGAAGGAAAUACUUAGAGUGUACAAAAGGUAUAGAGCAAUUUGUCCUGAAGUGGUGCCUAAGAAAAUGACUGGGGACGAACCAGUGAAAAUACGAGUGCCACAGGAACGAAUCGAACAGUUGCCAGAACUCAAGGAAAACCCUUUUAAACAACGCAUAUGCCAAGUAUUCUCGAAAGAAGGUAAUGGAUCAUUGAGUUUUGAAGAUUUUUUAGACUUGUUGUCAGUGUUUAGCGAACAGGCUCCAAGACAAAUCAAAGUGUACUAUGCUUUUAAGAUUUAUGAUUUCGACGAUGACCAUCACAUUGGACCUGCUGAUCUUGAACAAGUGUUAAAGCUGUUGACACGCAGCCAACUGUCGGCUGAAGAGAUUGUUCAGGUAUGCGAAAAAGUUAUUGAAGAAGCAGACGUAGACGGCGACGGCAAAUUGUCUUUCAUGGAAUUUGAACAUGUUAUACUUAGAGCACCGGAUUUUUUGGGCACUUUUCACAUUAGAGUGUAGGUAAACGUCACAUAAUUAUGACAGUUAAAAAUCACUUAAAACUUGAAAUAUUUACGUUUAUUACUUUUAUUUUUAUUAGUCUAAAAAUAGUAUAUACAAUAAGAAAACUAAGAUAUAAUCAAUUGAGCUUUGAGACAUAUCAUAUAAUUGGUAAACUAUAGUAUAAUUACAUUUUAGGACACGCGCUCGAGAUUUAAUAAAUGUGUUUAAUAUUACUUAAUGGCAGAAAGUUGAUACACUUCAAGUGUAUAACUAUAAUAUAGGUAACCUAAAUACUUUUCGGAAUAAUUUCUUGGCUCGUAGUUUAGUGUAGCACAUUGCAAGGGAACAAACAAUAUAGAGGUAUGAUAAAUUCUUAUAGUAAAAAUGUCCUGCGUUUGCAAAUUAUAUUAAAUACAAAUUCAGUGACUGGAUAUGAAAAAUUUAAGAAACACAAAUGUAUAAAAUAAUCAGUAUUACAUAAAUGGAAAAAAAAAUUGUCAAUAACAUGAUUUUAUCUCUUGUUACCAUUCUUUAAGUACAAUAAUAAACCGAUUAAUACUAAAACACGUUUUUGUUUUUUUUCUAGUCAAAUCAAACAA